CAGUUGUCAGAUGCCAGCCAGACAGCGAGACAACGUGGACUUGAGACGUCCCAGUCCGGUUGAGAUACUGGUGUGACUGGCCCGCAGAGACAGCAGAGACAGCAGAGUCCACAGAGGCUGCAGCGGUGCUUUUAUUGACAGUAUUUGGCCGCUUUAAACAGCUUUAGUCGACUGCACUGAAGUAUUGUCCGCUUUAGCAACCACUACUACCAGUCAGGGUUUGGCUGGUUUGAGUUGUGCUGCAGGUCAGAGCAGGAGGAAGGAAAACUGCUUCAUGACAAUGACUGCAGAGGAGCAGACAAGUGAAGGACAGCACACCAUCCCAAUGGAGGGAGAGGACAUUACGCCAAAGAAAGAUGGGGGUGUUUUAAAGCUGGUGAAAAGGGAAGGCACAGGCACAGAGCUGCCUAUGACUGGUGACAAGGCGUUUGUGCAUUAUGUGGGCACACUUAUGGAUGGCACUCUUUUUGACUCGAGCAGAGACCGAGGAGAGAGGUUCUCCUUUGAGUUGGGCAAAGGUCAAGUAAUAAAGGCAUGGGACAUUGGUGUGGCCACAAUGAAAGUGGGGGAGGUGUCCCAGCUCAUCUGUAAGCCAGAGUAUGCAUAUGGAUCUGCAGGCAGCCCACCCAAGAUACCCCCCAAUGCCACUCUUGUGUUUGAGGUGGAACUGUUUGAUUUUCGAGGGGAGGACAUAACUGAUGAAGAGGAUGGAGGAAUUAUCCGUCGUAUUGUCACUAAAGGGGAAGGAUAUUCCAAGCCUAAUGAAGGAGCUGCUGUUGAAGUAACUGUGGAGGGUACCUGUAACGGACACGUGUUUGAUGAGAGAGAACUGAAGUUUGAGAUCGGCGAUGGAGAGAGUCUUGGUUUGCCUCCUGGAGUGGAGAAGGGUAUCAUGGCUAUGGAGCAGGGAGAGGAGGCUCUCUUCGAUAUCAAGCCCAAGUAUGGCUUUGGGAAUGCAGGAAAUGCAAAAUAUAACAUUCCCGGUGGGGCAACAUUGAAGUACAAGAUCAAGCUGGCAGCCUUUGAGAAGGCUAAGGAAUCCUGGGAGAUGAACACAUUAGAGAAGCUGGAACAGAGCAUCAUUGUCAAAGAGAAGGGCACACAGUAUUUCAAGGAGGGGAAAUACAAGCAGGCAUCAGUGCAGUAUAAAAGGAUUGUGUCAUGGCUGGAACAUGAAUCUGGUUUGUCAGAGGAGGAUGAGAAGAAAGCGAAAGCAUUACGGCUGGCUGCAUAUUUGAACUUAGCCAUGUGCUUCCUCAAACUUCAGGAGCCGAACCACGCCCUAGAAAACUGUGACAAGGCUCUGGAGUUGGAUGCAUCCAAUGAGAAGGCUUUGUUCAGGAGGGGUGAGGCGCUGUGUGCUACGAAGGAGUUCGACAAGGCAAGAGACGACUUCCAGCAAGUUGUUCAACUUUAUCCUGCCAACAAGGCUGCAAAGAGCCAGGUGGUUCUCUGUCAGAAACACAUUAAAGAGCAGCACGAGAAGGACAAGCGCAUCUACGCUAAUAUGUUCCAGAAGUUUGCAGAGCAGGACUCAAAGAAAGCAGAGCAGGUGAAGGGUGACACCAAGGAGAACGGCAAGGACGACAUGGAAAUCGACAACACAGAAAAGGGAGUCGAGAGUGAAGCGAAAGCAUAAAAAUAUUUCAGAUGAUGUGACUGUAUUACGGUUCAUCUGUACUUCAGACUUUUGUAACUUCAGCCAUUUGUGUUUAAGGAGUGACUGUUGAAAUGUAUGUGUGUGAGAAGGAGCGUGUCAACCAGAGCACUGACUUAUGGGCACGUCUUUGCUGGCUUUCUUUGUGUCCAGGCUUUUUGCUGUGGCAGCUAGCCGAGCGGGUGGGGCCUCCCCAGCUGAUGGCACUGUGGGCCGUGGUUUUUAAUAAAUGAAUUGUUUGCCGCUGCCACCCCACCCCCAAACCCUUUCAACCCACAGCUUUUGAACUGUGCAUGUGUUUUCAUAGCUUUUUUUUUAAUUUAGGGCAGGGGGGGGCAGGUAGGAAAAGUGUAUUUAAGUGUUUUGUGCAGAAUAUCAACCUCUCACCCGUCAAGGGCUAGACCAUUCACCUUGUACUCUGUCCUCUACCCCCCCACUCACAUAUUUUUUCUUUUUUGCUAAUCCAUCCAACCCUCCUCAUGGGCCUACUGAUCAAUUUCUGGAGUUGUGAUGGCUGUUCUUAGAUUUCAUGUGUUUUUGAAUAUUAAGUGUGCCUGUGUCCCAAAAAGUAAGUAUGUAGCAGCACUGUGGAUAGGUGGAGUAAUAAGAUGUUAGCCUGGAAUAGAUGUUUGACUUCAAGCUUCUCUCAUUCUAAAGACAGAGCGCCUUUUCAGCCCCCAGGGUACAGGACUGUUCACCUUCUUUUCUUUUUUUUUUUGCUUUGGAAAUAUUGACUUUGUACUUAUUUUUCCCUCAGUGUUGUGCUUGUGACUUCUGUAUUGUUCUCAAAAUGAUGAAUACAACAAAUUAACUGGAAUAUGUGCAUUUUAAAGCAGCUAGAAAUGACAUUUGUUAGCUUCUCCUGGACACACAAAAGUAAACAGUUCAGUCUUAGUCUUAAUUUACUGUAUUAAGUGCUUGUAUGGAUAUGCGCACAUCAGAUUGAGGCUGUUUAAAACACUGUGCCAGAGGAAAAUGUGAGCCCUGUUCCACUAUAGACAACAGCACCUGUACAGAGGGGCAGAAACUAAACUAGGGGGCUAAUUUAAAACAGAGCUGUGGGCCAUGUGUCGAGUUUCUAUUUGUCUGUUGGAAGGGUCACUGCUUGGUCUGACUUGACCAAAGGAUAUAAUAAACAAUAGCUACAAAGUG